UGUGAUGUUGCCUAUUUGGGACUGGGGACCACCAGCGAUGGAUAAGCUAGGAGGUAAUCUAUAAUGUUCUUCAAAGGCUAUACACAUCGCUUACAGAAACGUGUAAGGAUGUGGGAAAAGUUAACUAAGACCCAUAAACAGUCUGCACUAUUUACCGACUUCAUUUGGUCAGACUCGUCACAUGACAGAACAAGUAUUUUAUGAGGUAGGUAGGCUAGGUGUGUCAGACCUGCUUUUAUUAGUUGUGGUGUUUUUUUUUGUCAGAAUAAAUACACAUAUACUCACAAUGUCGAAGCAGCGCUAACAGCAGGAAGACGGAUCCUGCAGCUGAGGAGCAGGUAUAGCCCGGCGGACAGAACCGGCCUCUCUCCAUGGCCACGGCGCGCUUCCCCGGGAAGGGUGUGGACGUGGCGGCCGCCAACUGGACAGCUCCAGCGCUGGGCCGCCCGGUGUGUGUCAACGGGACGCCGUGGAUCCUUUACCUUCUGGAGGAGUGUGUGGAGAAUGUGUGGGAGUACUGCAGCGUGGUAAUAGGACUCGUAUCCAUGUUCUGUUUUCUGCUGUCUACUCUGCCGCAGGUCUAUGAGGCCUAUCGGAACGGCAAAGUGGAGGAGGGCAUGUCUUUUGGCUUUCUUUUCUUUCUCUUCAGUGGAGACUUGACCAGCUUUGCAGGCUGCUACCUCACCAGCCAGCUACCUAUUCAGGUAGUCACAGUGGUGUUCUACAUCUUCACAGACCUGAUCCUCAUCUCACAGUUUAUCUACUAUAAGAUCAAAAACAACUCCAGCAGAAAAAGCCCUGUGUUGAAGUGGCUGUGCUUCAUGUGGUGUGGCGCUGCUACCCUAGUUCUCCUGGCUUUACCCAAACUCAUCAUUGACAACAGUUCAACUUUAGACACCCAGAGUCCAACUACCUCUAAUUCAGUAGAAAUCACUGGCUAUAUAUGUGGAUACCUGGCAUCCAUCUUCUACCUCUGCUCCCGUUUUCCCCAGCUCUAUAAAAAUUUCCAGCGUCAGUCUACAGAGGGCACCUCUUACCUUUUGUUUGCCCUGGCAAUGAUGGGCAAUGGGACAUAUGGGUUGAGCGUCAUCGUGGUCCUGCCUGCACUGAAGGGCUCCAAACAGACCUUCAUCCUCAAACAUCUGGCCUGGCUCAUCGGCAGCCUGGGUGUCCUCAUACUUGACUUCUUUGUCACUGCCCAGUUCAUUGUGUACAGGAAAAACAACUCCGCUAAAAGCAGCACACUACUCAGUGUCCCAGAAGUGGAGCCUCUACUGUGCGAGGAAGUGGAACUGUCACUGUUAUAGGACACAAAAUGGACAGCGAAAUGGACCACGCAGUCAAGAAUGGACCGCUCAGUCCACGUUUUGUUUUGUAAACAUUCUGUGGUUAUUGACUUACUCAUAACAACUUUAGAGAACAAGGACAUUUUAGAAGCAUUGUAGAAGGUACCAGCAGCCAUGUUGUAAUACCAGCAAGCAGUUCCAGUCCACCUUGACAGUCUGAUUUUCUGCUGUUAAGAGGACAAACACGAUCAACUCUUGUAUGGUUUACUGUGGUAAUAGGGCAGGAAAAGCUACAGUAAAUAUCUGGUCAAUACAUUUUUCACACACGGGAAUCAAGUCUUUAGUGUCCUCUAUAGAGGACAUUUGCUUUCACAAUCUGUACACAAGCAAACACUCCAAGCCAACAAAAACACCACAAGUCUGUUACAGUGCGCCCAGGUUAUGUAAGGCAGUAAUGGCUAAGGGCACAAAACUCCUCCGAAAGCAAGUUUUUUUGCAGAGUAGUCUGUAGCUGCAGCCAUGUGUCAAUGUUUCUCUAUAGGUAGGCGAGUUACGAUCGAUUACAUGUUUUUUAUUGGUUAUAAAUACUAUAAUUCUUUUUACACAUUUCCUGAGCUUUCUUGAUUUUUGUUUUUGAUGGAAAAACUGUAUUUUUAUUGGCCAUUGGGGACCAUACACACCUAGAGGAGGAAGCUUGAUGCCAGACAGCGCUUUACAAAUGCAAGCUUUAUGAAAGAAAAUGAAGUGCCUGUUAUAUUUACACAUUUUUGACAGGGUAAAUACUGCUGUAGAGGAUUGCAAUAUUAUACUAGGAUGCAUGGUAUGGGAUUUAGGUUUUCUUGCUUGGUUUGGUAUUUGAGUGCCAUUAAUUGCAGAGUUUGAAUGAGUAUGGUAACAGACUUACCAACACAACUGUUUUUUUUUUUUCCUGGUUGUUGAACUAUGGAUUCACUGUGGCUAACAGGCAAUUCUCAUGAGCUAAACAUCAGAACCCAGACUCCUAGUUUGUAUGGCAUAAAAUAGCCAGGAUGUGAAGGUCUGAACGGGGCCGGCCUACACCUGAAUAAUUUUCAUUUCUAUUUCAAAGAGAUGUAGCAUUUCUCUGCUUUCUUUGUCAAAGCUCUCUGCUGGCCAAGAGAAACACGUUGUUUGUGCCUUUUUUAAAUGAAAUUUAGUACUAAUAAGGAAUGCACUGACUAUUCAUUUUAGAACUCAAUUAUUUUUAAAUUAAAUAAAGUUAGAUUUUGUAACUAUUUACAGUGAUUUAUUCAAGCCACUGUUUUUCAUGGGGAAGGCAGUGAAAUACUUUUUUCUUUUUUACCUUCUCAUACUGCAAUACAAUUUGAUUUGGGUCUGUGUUGUGAGCAGUAUUAACAAUUGUAAAUGAUGAAGGCCACUUUUGUAACCUCUUCAUGACAUUCAAAAACAUUCAUUAAAGAUGACAUGACUGUUCAAUAAUAUAUUUUCAGAUGGAUCUAAGAAUAUGAACAUUAAUGGGAUGUUAUUGAAGACUUGUUGAAGUAAUGAGGCUCACAUUUACAUUUAAUAUGUGCUUUUACUCUACUCUGUCAUGUCUAUUUAAAGCAGAGAAGAUGCUCUUGUCAAGUCAAAUGUAAAACACUUUUUUCUUAUUAUUUUGUACCGUUGUUCACAUAGCAACAGAAAAGAAAUGGAUGACAACAAACCAGAGGGAAAAUAUAGAACAAAUCUGAACAGAACAAAUCUAAAAGUCUUGUUGAUGACGAACACUUCAAGUUAUUGGACAUUCAUUUAGAUCACUAGCAAAACUAACCGCUCAUCAAUGUUGUGCCAUAUGUUACACAGUUUGUGUGGUGCUGAACCUCUUUGUCACCUCUUUGUAACUUAGGUGCUGUACUUGCAGAGAUCUUCACAUUUCUCUACCUCGUUAUAGUGUGGAUUUUAUUUCUCCCAGUGUGCAGAAAGAGCUGGCUUGCACACCUUCCAUAUAACAAUGAAAAUAAGUAAAACUCAUUUGGUAGCAUCCAAAUGACAAUGUUUAUAAAAAAAAAAAAAACUAAGCAAAACUUUAAGUUUAAUCAUAGCAUUAAGCAUAUGUUGGUCAUUAUCAUCACAAUACUAUGAACAACAUGACUGGCUUUUUUUUCUAUUCUAAGCCAGUCAGCUGAUGCAAUAAUGUGGAGUUAUGUAGAUAUUGGGGGAUUUCUUCUAACUUUGUUUACUGAGAAGGAAAUUUAUUUGUAAAUAUAUGCAAUUAGAGUAUAAAAACACCAAUGAAUUGCGUUUUUGCAAAUUAUUUUUGUAAUGCACGAUUCAUACUUGAUUCCUUUUCAAUUCCUUUUACAUUCGUCUGAUAUACUUUUUCAAUCUAGCACAAUAAAAUUACGAUUUAAUGUAUAUAUUAUUACUGAAUAUUGUAGAACAUGUGGUAUUUUUAAGACUGUAUUUUUUUCUUUAAUGGUCACUGUAUUGCGAUGAUGUAUUUAUUUUCUUUAAGCAUAACAUUCUUUUAUAUCAGAUAAACUGUACAUGGCCAAGUAUAUAGUAUUUUAAAGCUCUGUGUCAUGUUUAUGUUCUGAUAUUAUUAUUAUGUAAAACCGCUAUAUGUAUGAUGAUAACUAUGUAUAUUAAGACCUGAAUAAACGGCAAUAUAUAGUAGGCCUAUAUCCUCA